AUGCUCGACACAUUGAUCACAAGUCUACCAUCCAAACUAUCAUAUACUCGCAUAGAAGUACCUGUCCCACAAUCCGAUGAAACAUUCUAUGUUUACAGACGUGAUCUAUUUGAUGCUCGAUUCCAAAUGUUACACGAAGACGAAGAAGGAUCGGAAGAAGAACAAAAGAAAUCAGAAGAAUGGAAAUCAGUCAUGGCAGGAGCAGCGACUGAUUUGGUACCUGGUGUAUAUGAAGGCGGGCUUAAGACUUGGGAAUGCUCUUUAGAUCUUGCUGGUGUGCUUGCACAAAAGCUGGAACAAUCCCCGGAUUUCCUUCAGAAUAAAAAGGUGAUAGAACUUGGAUGUGGAACGGCUGUACCUUCGUUGUACCUGCUGUCGAAAGUGCUCAAGAGAGGAGAUGAGAAGCCAGCAAAUCUGACCUUGCAGCUAUGCGACUUUAACGAACAGGUUCUGCAGAUGGUCACCCUACCCAACCUUCUGCUCACAUGGUACUUUCAUUCCAACGAAGAAAAAGAAGAUCAAGGACAGCAAGGAGAUGUUGAAUUGAGCGAUGAGAUUAUAGACGGCUUCUUGGAUGACUUGCGAAAGUAUCAGAUUGAUAUUCAAUUCUACUCCGGUCAUUGGGAAGGUCUAACAGCCAUCAAUGCUAUCAAUAUUGAUUCAUUGCCGAACAUCAUCCUUACAAGUGAAACAAUUUAUUCGACUGAUACGAUGCCAAUCUUGAUCGAUACAUUGGAAGAAGCCUAUAAAGGUUCAUUAGAAGGAGAGACGAAAAGUGAUGUCAAAUCCAUGGACAGACUGUGCCUUGUGGCAGCAAAAGUGGUUUACUUUGGUGUUGGGGGUGGAGUAUAUGCAUUCGAACAAGAACUUAAACGCAGACAAGCCAGUACAAAAACAGUCUGGAAGAGUGAGAAGGGUGUAUCAAGAGUUGUAUUGCAGGUGGACUGGUAG